GGGAGCAUCUGCACAUUUGUUCUCAGGGUUACACCUGCUGUACCAGUGUCAUGGAGGACAACUUGGCCUUGUUGAGCAGCAGGGAGAUGGAGGCAGUUUUCAAAAAUGCCAGCCGGUCCUUACAGGCCUCGCUUGCUGGACAGCGCAAGGCCUUUGAUGGCUAUGCGGUUGAGCUGCUGAACCGCUCUAUGAUUAGCCUUCAGGAAACUUUCUCGUCAACGUGGGGCUAUGUGUACUUCGAGAAUUCCCAGGUUUUCUCUGACCUAUACCAGGAUUUGUCAGACUACUACAAAGGUUCUACUACCAAUGUCAACCUGGAAGAGGUGCUGAAUGAAUUUUGGGCCAAGCUGAUGGAGAAACUCUUUUAUGUGGCAAACAAGCAGAGUUCAAUAGGUGAAGACUACCUGGAUUGUGUGUCAAAGCAAUUAGAAACUCUGCGACCUUUUGGAGAUACGUCCCAUAAAAUGACAAUACAGGUCACACAUACGUUUGUGGCAGCACGCUCAUUUCUUCAGGGACUGGUGAUCAGCGAAGACGUGGUGCGCAGAGUGUCACAGGUGCAGCUGAGCAAGGACUGCAUGAGAGCUACCAUGAAGAUGGCCUACUGUCCUCAUUGUCACGGCAUGCUCUUUGCUCAGCCAUGCUCCAACUACUGCAGCAACGUUGUGAAGGGCUGUCUAGCCAACCAAGCUGACCUCAACCCUGAGUGGACACGUCUGGCAGAUACAAUGAUAGAGGUGGCAAAGAGUCGCUUGGAAGACAUGGAUAGUGUGAUCCUUUCCCUCCCCAGUCACAUAUCAGAAGCCAUGUCUGCCAUGAUGGAGAACAUUGGUACCAUCAACAGCAAGCUGUCUACUGUCACCACAAAACUAAAAGACGUGCGAUCACAUUGGAUUUCUUUGCCAAGCAUUUUCUGCAGAGACAGAGUGGCACAAGGUGCAGGGGCAGAGGAUAAGUGUUGGAACGGCAUUAGCCGUGCCAGAUAUCUCCCCGAGGUGAUGGGUGACGGUCUAGCCAGUCAGAUCAACAACCCCGAAGUGGAAAUCGACAUCACAAAACCAGACAUGAUGAUACGACGACAAAUCAUGCAGCUGAAGAUCAUGACCCACCGCCUGAAGAACGCUCUCAAUGGCUAUGACGUGGACUUUCAGGACACCAGUGAUGAUGUCAGCGGAUCAGGAAGUGGCACGUGUGCAGAUGAAAUGUGUUCCCGAGGAACACGCCUCGUCAUCCCUACCAGUGACCGGCCUAGGUUUUUUAACCCGCCAGAAAACGAGAAAGUGAAAGGUUCAGCCCAGCAACACUUUCCUUCUGCCAUCAUCCACCUGCUUUCACUGCUCAUUCUGCUGCUCCAGCGAUAAAUGAAAGGAGAAUGGUGCAACUGGGACUACGUUUGAAAUGUGUGGGGGGCGGGGAUGAAAAGUUUUAGAAAAGGAGGGGUGGAGGAGAAGUUGGGAGUUAGUUACUUUGCCAAAUGUAAGUGAGUUUAGAGAAACAACAACAAAUCGCUUAGAUGGACUUCCUUUGGAUUUGGAUUAGAACAAAAAUGGAUUCACAAGUAUUCAUCAUUGUUUUUGUUCUUCUCUUGUCCUCUAUUUGUUGCUAUUCUAUGACACUGUUAGAGCUGGUCUUUUUGCAUCUUCUAAUGUUUUUGUUUCUAGUAUUUGGGUUCUGUGAGAUUAUAUUUGCACCUAAGACAUGUCCAAGUAAAUUGCUAACAGUUUGUUGACAUUGGGACAACAGAAAAAGGGAGAAUGGAGUGCUGCGGUUGCCCUCCAAUACAUUUUUGGAAGUCACUCGUAUUUUGUAGAAAUUAUUUAUUUAUUAACAUUUGUCACUAAUUGAAUUAAUCCGACCGCUAUUCCUAAACAAAACCAUGCACAAACUUGGAACAAAAAUAUGUAAAAAAAAUUUGUUUAAAGAAAGAAAAUCUGGACCGCACGCCCUAUCACACACAUUACGAUUUACAGUGUUAAUACAAUGAGUUUGAGAGCACAGCCCAUCAGCACUUUCUGCUUCUUAUAAGCCGCAAUAAAAGCUGCCAUCAAGUUCACACAAACAUUAUCCCUCAAAGUCCUCAAACAGUAAUGUGUGCCAUAUAUCCACUCAUCCUYCCACUGCACCCACCCUCUAUCAUUAUUGUUCACCUGCUGCCAGURUGGAAUCAUCUUAAGAUUCUGGUUUAAGUAAAGCACAUAUUUUGAUGUGAGGAGUCUCGGAUGACAAACUUGUAACAGAACAGAACAAUCUGGUGCACUUUUUUCCCAUUGUUCCUUCAAUGCAAAUCAAAAAUAUAGCAUAUGUAACUUUUUUUGAACUGCAGUWUCACAGAUUUUUAUGUUGCAUUGUAGCAAAUCUCAAUAUAAAAGAAAAAGCCAAAUCAUGUGCAUCUUUUAAAUGAACUAUGUCAAUAACGAACCAAACUGUGUGCAAGUUGUUAACUGCUUUGUUUUUACCUUCUUGAAAGGAAAAUCACUGGGCACGAACAUUUUAAAAUGGUAAAUCAUUGCACGCCCCUAUGUGAUUAUUUCAUCAUCUGUCAGAGUUUCUAUUUCUUUCUCUGCAACUUUUUUCUAUAUGAGUGUAUCUCAGUUUCCACCUAAACUCCCACCCUCCUCCCCACUCAUUGCUUCUAAUGACCUUUAGCGUGCUCUUUCUAAUGGCAAGGCAAUAUGACAAUGACACAGUGCUUCAUUAUGUGUCAACCUUCAUGGGAAUGUUUUUUUUUUCCUUUUUUUUUCUUUUGCGUAGCCGUGGAGUGUGUACAAUAGCACACUUCCUUAUGAGAUGCUUGUGAUGGAGAAAUCGUGUACCACAUUUUAAUUCAAAGAAAUGUCAAAGCUCUUGUUUUAAAGMAUUUCCGUGCAGGAUGAGAGAGUGAUGCUUGCGUGUUCGUAUGAGUUUUGUGCAUGAAUGCGUGUGUCUGCUUGUGGCUUGCAGAUCAUAGAGAGACAAAUGAUAGAGUCUUUGUAAAUCGUGGGUUGGCACAAAAAAACUAUUUUCAAGUGCAUUGGACUUUGUAUGACAGAUAGCUACUGAAUUGACAGCAAUAGGAGAUUAAUAUAGCC